AUGUCUGACCCUACAGAAGAAAACGCGCCCAAAGCGUACUUUGAAAGUGAUGCCGGCGAUGGAACAAAGCGAGAAGAAAUGUAUCUUGAAGGCAAAGAGCUUAUCCUCUGCUUCGUGGCCAUUUUUGCCUGUUUUUUCCUCUUUGCUUUGGACCAAACCAUCAUUGCCACGUUGUUGACCACGGUGGGAAACAAGUUCAAUGCAUUCGACAAGAUUGGCUGGCUUUCAGCUGGAUUCCUCAUCAGUAUGGCAGUCUUGGUGGCAGUCUGGGGAAAACUCUCAAUUAUUUUCGGCCGCAAAAUCACAAUGAUGGUAGCUAUUGUUUUGUUUGAGGCUGGCUCGCUCAUGUGUGCUCUUGCUAGUAGCAUGAACAUUUUAAUUGGCGGAAGAGUGUUGGCAGGAAUCGGCGGCGGUGGUGUCCAAAGCAUUGCCUUUAUUAUCGUUACAGAGAUUCUCCCAAUCCAGAAGCGGCCUAUGGGAAUGGCAAUUUUGAGUACCGUGUUUGCUGUGGCAUCUGUCUUGGGACCGUUGAUUGGAGGAGCUUUCACGUCGCAUGUAACUUGGAGAUGGUGCUUCUAUAUCAAUUUGCCCGUGGGAGGCGCUGCGUUCCUGUUGUUUGUCUUUGUGUACAACCCUCCCAAGGCUAAGGGUAGCAUCAGAGAAAAACUCAAACUGAUUGAUUAUCCUGGAGUUCUUCUUCUCUCUGCUGGCUUGGUUGUUUUUCUCUUAGCCUUGACUUUUGGUGCCGGUGGGCAAUAUGCAUGGAAUUCUGCUGCAGUGAUUACUUGCUUUGUUGUUGGCGGUGCUGUGUCCAUCAUCUUUUUCAUCUGGAAUGUUUGGUUUUCCAAGCACCCAAUGUUGCCGUGGGAAGUGCUUCGAGUAUUCCAGAUUGAAGCGUCGGCUUUAGCUCUCUUUGGAUCAUACGCCUCAUUUAUCUCUGCCAUCUUGUAUCUUUCCGUCUAUUUCCAGGUCAUUCAUGAUGCCAAUGCCUGGAAAUCUGGUGUCCAUUUGUUACCUCUUAUUAUCUCCGUGGUGCUUUUCUCCUUUUCAUCGGCUAUUGCUUGUAAGGUGACACGCUACGUGAAACCUUUUGUUGUGUUUGGUGCAUUUUUGGCCAUGAUCGGCGCAGGCUUGCUUUGCCUUCUUGAUGUGAAUUCUUCAAGCUCGAAAAAAAUCGGCCUUUUAAUUCCCUUGGGCGUAGGUAUGGGCUGCCUCAUGCAAGCUUGUAUGCUCAGUGCCCAGAUUCCGGCUCCCAAAACACCAGGAGGAACCAUCUUGGCCACAACCUUUGCAAAUUUAUUGAGGUCUUUUGGCGGAGCAUUAGCUGCAAACUUGGCUGACGCAGUAUACUCGGCAUCAUAUUUGAACAAGGUCCAUCACAACUUGAAGAAACAACCAGAUGAAAUAGUCAAAGAAUUGUCCACAAUUGACAUUCGGGCAAUUGUGAAUUCCACUGCAGCAAUUUCAAAGUUGUCUGCUCCAGCACAAAAGUUCUUGAAGGCCCAGUUGAUGCUGGCCAUUAAAAACAUUUUCUACAUGAGCCUAGGCUUUUCUGCUAUUGCAGUUGUUGCCCUGUGUUUCAUCACAAAUAAGCGAUUACCAAAAGCUGAGCCUCAAGAAAGAGACGAGAAGAAUGCAGAACCAGAAGCCGCACGAGAUGAUUCUGUCGAAGCAGCAGAAAAUGAUUCUGUCGAAGCAAACACCAAGGACGAAUCCAGCGCUACUGAGUAA